AUGGCCGCUGUUUUGAAUUAUUUCCUGGGGACUGCGACGGCCGUAUUGGCGGUUGUUUGGUUCCUACGAAGGACAAAGUCUCCACCCCAAGCGCGACCGCAGCUAGAAGUUCUACCGAAUUCGGCUCUGGUAAGCAAGCUCGCAAGGGCGCUGCCACACAUUGUGCUUUUGCAUCGUGAUGGAGACGCCUUUCGCACAUCAAUAAACACCUACUGGGCCCAACAGGAGCGCGAGGUCGUGCAAGCCUGCAUCGUCCAGCCACGUGAUGCUGAUGAGUUGGCCACGGCCAUCGACAUCCUGAAACGGGAAUAUGACGAGCGAAGGACGCUGCCACCGAAAGAAUCUGAUAGUCUUUUGUUUGCUGUCCGGGGCGGCGGCCAAUCUCCUGUACCUGGCGGUGCAGGCGCCAAAGGAGGCGUGUUCAUCGACCUCGCUCUGUUUCGGGAAGUGACCAUCUCGGAUGAUAGAGAAAGUGUUACCCUGGGAGCAGGAGUUCGGUGGGCUGAAGCAUCGCGGAUCCUGGAUGAGAAGGGUCUCGGCGUUGUAGGAGGCAGAAGCUCUGAUGUCGGUGUGGCGGGGUAUACAUUAGGGGGCGGUAUAUCCUUCUUCACACCACGGUUCGGUCUGGCCUGCUCGAAUGUCCUAGCCUACGAAGUCGUUCUCGCCUCAGGUAAGAUUGUGACGGCCACGGCCUUGUCGUACCCCGACCUUUGGCGCGCCCUCAAAGGCGGCUCGAACAAUUUCGGCAUCGUCACCCGCUUUACCGUGCGCUGCUUCCCGUCCACGCAAAUCUGGAGUGGGUUCAUGUACGCCCCUAAUUCGCAGUCCACCAAGGCGCUCAUGGCCUUACAUGAGAGUGCAAAACACGCCGAUUCCAGAAUAUGCGGAGCGGCUGUCGAUACGCACGCCGCGGCGCCGAUCGCCUGUUUCACCUACAUACAGGGUCACGGUCCAUCUGGCCUACACAAAGCCACCGGAAGAGCCCAAGAAAUGACCGGUUUACUGGAAAAAAAUUCGGGGUUCGCAACUCUCUGGCGCUUCUGGAGCACCUUCAAAGUCCAGACAAUAACGUCCGCUGUGAUCGAGAUGAGCGGCACCUGUGCACCGGGCCAAAGAUGGUCCUUUGGUACUACAACCAUCAAGAACGAUUUGCCUACGAUGUUGGCUGCACGUGCCGCCCAUGAGGAGGCCAUCACCUCCUUGCGGCAAGUCAAGGGGCUGAUCUGGACGAUUGCUAUGCAACCGUUCCUGCCCUCGUGGGCAGCGAAAGGCGACGCGACUGUUCUCGGCAUCCCUGAGCGAACAGAUGAUGCGCUCCUCAUUCUCAGUUUCUCCGUGUAUUGGCGGAGGGGGGAUGAUGACAAGCGUGUCUACGCUUCUAUACGCGAAACCAUUGAGAAGAUCGACGCGUUCGCCACGGCCAAUGGGACAGACCAUCCGUUCCGCUACCUGAACUACUGUGCGCAGUGGCAGAGACCGAUGGAAGGAUACGGCGAGGAGAAUCUACGCUUUCUGACGGAGGUCAGCAGAAAGUAUGACCCAGACGGGCUGUUUCAGAAAGGCUGCACAGGGGGCUUCAAACUCCAUCCUCAAACAUGA